AACACAGUUUGAAACAAAAGAAGUUAUCAGUUUGGUUGAAAUUUCAAUACUGUAACUAUUCAUUAUGUCAAUUGCAUGUGCUAGAAUUGAUAAAACAAUUUUCAAAUUCAAAGAAAUGGAGCAGAAUGUAGCGACUCAGAGCAAAGAUGAUGUGUAUUCCAAAGAUUUUACUCAAAAGAAAAUGGACAAGUCCAGUAGCGAAUAUGGACGGCCAAAACCAGGAACUCUUACAGAGCAAAGAGCUAAAAAAGCUGCCGCCCACGUUCACAGAGAAAUGCUAACAUUAUGUGAAGUUGUGGAGGAUUAUGGUAAACAAGAGAAGGAAGGAGAUCCAAUCAGAAUCACAUUUGGAAGACUUUUCACAAUUUAUGUCAAUAUUUCUGAUAAGGUAGUUGGAACCCUUUUGCGAGCUCGUAAACACAAAAUGAUAGAUUUUGAAGGAGAAAUGUUAUUUCAAAAGAGAGAUGAUCAUGUUAUUAUCACACUUUUACUCUCUGGAGCACAGCUUAAAGAGGCUAUUCGAGCACACGCAGCAGCAAACCCAAAGGAAUAAAUAUUCCGAUUCGAUGGAAAAUUGUAAAUUCAUUGUUUUAAAUGAUUUUUUUAUUUUAUUACUUGGCCUGUCAAAUACCGGGUUUUUAAUCGAUAAACGUAUUGUUGAAAAAUAUUCCAAUAAAUUUUGAAUUAU